GCAUGCAAAAAUAUACAGAAAGCCUUGCAUAGUUUGACAGUUCAUCUUUCACCUCCGUACUGAAGAGUAUUGUUUACGUGUUCACCGGAAAAUAAAGCGCGCGAGAAAUGGAUUGUUAUGAACAAGAAAAAAGGAAUCUGAAAGAGAUUGAUGCUGUUUUAGAUUUCGCAAAAUUACCACGAGAGGAAAUAAAACCAAAAACACAGAGCAUUUACUUUUCCAAGCAGCUAGACAAUGAGGGUGUUAAGUUGAUAGAGUUAGACAAAACUGUAUUACAGGCGUUUGAAAAUGGAGAAAAGGUGGUAAUACGUGGAGACAAGGAAGAUAGUGCUGUACUGUGUACAAACACACAAACAUAUGAUAUCAAAGAGGGAGAAGUGUCCAAUGCAAUGCUUUUAUUAACUGAUUUAAAUUAUGGUAACAGCCUAGAGAGCACUGGUGAUGCACAGGUGGAGUACAGAGAGGUAAAUACUGUAAUCCACACAUUCUUUGAGCUGCGGCCAUGUAAACCACGGUUAGCAAAGUUACGCACAAUGUUAAAUGAGAACCCAUAUAGUGGGCAGGCUAGUGAAGAAGAUGAAGAUCAUCAGGGCAAAAAGUACACGUUCAAUGAAAUACUGGAUCUGGUUCAAGGUAGUGAGACAGAAAUAAUGAAAGCUCUUGACAAGAUGCAGGCCCUUGUUAUAAAUGGUUAUUGGAGAGUGUUAGAUUUUGACUUCCUGGUACAAGUAAUGACCCACUUGUUACAGCUGUGUGAUGAGAAUGAUUGGACACACACUGGUAUUCCUAUUGAAGAAUGUGUCUCAGUUUUACAAGAAUUAUUUCCUAGGAAUGUGAUAGAACAUGUCUUAAAGAAUUUUUCUACCAAACUAUCAUCAAACACAACAGAAGAUGAUGAUGAGGAAAAGAUGCAAAUUGAUAUAGAUUAUUACAGAUUGGAUGAGGAUAAAGUUUGUAGAUUCUUUGCUGAACAGAUUCUUAAACAUGCCAGAAAGUUUAAUUUGAACCAGUUUCUGUCUACAUGGGAAAAGAGUGUACCAGAAGGAAUGAAAACAACCCUGUUUCAGCUAGAGGGUAUGGCUUUAAUAGACAGACAAAGUACACCUGAAGUGAUAUGUUAUUUAUCGGCUGAUACCUUACCAGAGGACAUCAAUGAGAGGUUUGACUUCUUGUUUAGAACUAAAGAAAAAUGGACAUUAGAGGAAAUUACUCCUUAUAUCAAGGAUCUAGAAACAGAUAAAAUGAAUAUUUCAGCAAUGCUGACCAAGUUUGCUCGAGCAUCAACAACAAAUGGUGUCAAAAUGUACAACUCAAGAAAACCUCUUACUUGAUGAUAGAAAUUGUAAUUAACAUGUUUGCAAUAAAUUUUAAAUUAUC